UGUACCGUCUCCCUCUCUCUCCAUCUCCCUCCUGCAUCGCAUCGACGGCCGCGGAUCGCGAAUCUCUUCAUCCGACGCUCCACAUCGCACCUCACCGUAAAAAUCCCGACUAUUCCCAUUCCCCCAUUUAUUAUUAUUUUAGGGUUCCUUUCGAUAAAACACCCGCACCGAACGGCCUCCCCUUUCGCAGCGACACAGAGAGAGAUUCCUCGUCGAGGCCGCCUUCCAUUUUCGCUUCCUCCAUUUUCUCGGGAAAGGAAGAAGGAAAAAAUCCGGCAGCACGAUCAUGGCGAAGGGCCCCGGCCUCUACUCCGACAUCGGCAAGAAGGCCAGAGAUCUUCUCUACAAGGAUUACCAGGGCGACCACAAGUUCACCAUCACUACCUACACCUCCACCGGAAUCGCUCUCACCUCUACGGGAAUCAAGAAAGGAGAGUUUUUUUUGGCUGAUGUGAGCACUCAACUGAAGAACAAGAACAUCACCACUGAUGUGAAAGUGGACACCAACUCCAAUCUCCUUACCACCAUUACUGUUGAUGAACCUGCUCCUGGGCUCAAGACAAUAUUUAGCUUUAUUGUUCCUGACCAGAGAUCUGGUAAGGUGGAACUCCAAUACCAGCAUGAAUACGCUGGGAUAAGCACAAGUAUAGGGUUGACUGCAAAUCCCAUUGUUAAUUUCUCUGGAGUGGUUGGAAACAACCUUCUUGCCCUUGGAACUGAUCUAUCCUUCGACACUGCCAGUGGAAACUUUACUAAGUGCAAUGCUGGGCUUAGCUUCACUAAUUCUGAUCUUAUUGCAUCCUUGACAUUGAAUGAUAAGGGCGAUACCCUCAGUGCUUCCUACUACCACACGGUCAGCCCGCUUACCAGCACUGCCGUUGGGGCAGAGCUGUCUCACAGCUUUUCGAGCAACGAGAACAUGCUCACGAUCGGCACUCAGCACGCACUGGACCCAUUGACCAACGUGAAGGCUCGGGUGAACAACUAUGGCAGGGCGAGCGCUCUCAUCCAGCACGAGUGGCGCCCAAAAUCCUUGUUCACUAUCUCAGGGGAGGUCGACACGAGAGCCAUCGAGAAGAGCGCCAAAAUUGGGCUGGCCUUGGCUUUGAAGCCAUAGAGUGGAGUAGCGUCACCUCAUUUUACGAGUGAAAAACUCCGUUUCAGUUAUUCCUUGGAAAAGAAAAAAAAAAGCAAAAGAAAACGCCGUUUCAGUCGGUGGAGAGAUAAUAAGGUAGGGGUUAGAACCGGACAUGUGUAUCUUGUCUUUCCCGAUUUAACUUUUCCCAUAAGUUUGGUUUCAUGUCUGGUGGCCAUGGACUGUAUAAAAUAAUUCGAGCUGGCCACACAAAUCCUAUGCGGUCAUUUUCCUUCUUUUUUCCCAGUUCUCCCAUUCAUCCCAUUUUCAAUGCCUCGGACGUUGGCUGAACUCCUGAUUUAUCCUUGGAAUGAACACGUUUGUCA